AUGUCUCAGGUGCCUCUGAGAGAGAGACACCCUCUCAGCCAGGUACCUGACAAAGUGCAUCUGAUGUCUUCUGCUGUGCAGCUGCCACUGAAUGGGACAGAUCAAAGCAGGAGAGGACCAACAUCUGUGGCCACCAAAGCAAGAAAGAGCUGUCCCAAAUCAUAAAUCUCCAUUGUGUAUUUGUGCAGAUUUUGGAACUCAAGUAAAGGACCUUUCAUUUCAGGUGAAGUUCAUCUUGGUGGGUCUGACCUGGGGUAG